AUGGGGCUGGUAACCCUGGUAGGAUCUCUCAUCUGGGUGCGGCUGUUUGAUGAGCUGGCGAGGCGAGACCUCAUUGAACGGAAGCUGAGUCGCAAGCUCGUGCACAUCACUACAGGCCUGCUCUUCAUGCUUUUCUGGCCGCUCUUCAGCACGAGCUUCAAUGCACGCUUCUUUGCCAGUGCGGUCCCUUUAAUCAACGCCACGCGCCUGCUGCUGCUGGGGCUGGGGGUGACGCGCAACGAAGGCAUGGUCAAGGCUAUGAGCCGAGAGGGUAGCUCCAGUGCAGUGGAGAUGGCAGGUAGUGCGGUGGAGAUGGUGGGUAGUGCGGUGGAGAUGGUGGUUAGUAGAGCAGAAUCCAAGCUGCCAUGCUGGAUCAUGUUGCUCUCUCUUUUUCCAUCCAUCACCCCUCUUGUCUUCAUUGCUCCAGUUUCAUCGUCCCUCCCAUUGCAUUGCUGCCCCUCCAAACUCAUUGCGCCCUUCGUUUCUCCUUGCACUUCCAUUUCUCAUUGCAUCGCCCUUCAUUGCGAUGCCAUCCUCCCUUUCCAUAUCUCACUCUCCCUCCAGGCAUCGCUGACAUUGUGGGGCGGAGAGUAG